AUGUCUUAGCAGCAGCAGCGGAGGCAGAGCCUGCCCCAGAAGGCCCAGCAGCAGCAGGUGAAGCAGCCCUGUCAGCCACCCCCUGUCAGAUGUCAAGAAUGUGCACCACAAACCAACAAUCCACGCGCUCCACAGCCCAAGAAACAAUGCCCACCCAAGGGCACAGUGAUCCCCACCCAGCACAAGUGUCCCAUGGCCCAGCAAGCCCCCAAGAAUAAACAGAAGUAA